AUGAAAUCCGCCUUGAAGUGGGAUGUCCUCGCCAAGUGCAGCACCACCAAGGCCAGGGCUGCGGUCCUCACCUUGCCACACGGUCCUGUCAACGCCCCAGUCUUCAUGCCUGUUGGGACACAGGGCACUCUCAAGGGCAUCACUCCUGAACAAGUCGAGGGACUCGGAUGUCAAAUCAUGCUCAACAAUACUUACCAUCUCGGUCUUCGUCCUGGUCAGGAACUACUGGAUGCAUGUGGAGGCGCACACGUUUUUCAAGGCUGGAACCGCAACCUCUUGACAGAUAGUGGUGGAUUUCAGAUGGUGUCACUAUUGAAGUUAGCCGAGAUCACAGAGCAGGGAGUCCAGUUCGAGUCGCCCCACGACGGAUCGUUGAUGCUACUCACCCCAGAACACUCCAUGUCUCUUCAAAAUUCGAUCGGAGCCGAUAUCAUGAUGCAAUUGGACGACGUUGUCUCCUCUUUAACUACUGGACCCCGCGUAGAAGAGGCAAUGUGGCGAUCAAUUCGCUGGUUGGAUAGAUGCAUCAAGGCACACAAGAAGCCAGAGACACAGAACUUGUUUGCGAUCAUUCAGGGAGGACUGGAUCCAGAGCUGAGGAAGAAGUGUAUUGACGAGAUGGUUAAGCGGGACACGCCGGGAUACGCAAUUGGAGGAUUGAGUGGAGGAGAAGAGAAGGACAAGUUUUGGAGAGUUGUUACGCUGUGCACGGAUCUGAUGCCCAGGACCAAGCCUAUAUACUGCAUGGGAGUCGGGUACGCGGAGGAUCUGGUGGUGUGUGUGGCAUUGGGCGUCGACAUGUUUGACUGCGUCUUCCCGACGAGAACAGCGCGCUUUGGAAACGCACUGACUUCGACAGGAACACUGAGCUUGCGCCAGGCAAAGUUCAAGGAUGACUUUAGACCGAUCGAAGAAGGAUGCGACUGCAUUGCCUGCAAAUCAUACACUCGCGCAUACCUGUACACGGUGGUGACCAAGGAAACGGUGGGAUGCCACUUGAUUUCGAUCCACAACACCGCAUACCAAUUGCGACUCAUGAGACAGAUACGCGAGAGCAUUAUCGAAGAUCGGUUCCCACAGUUUAUCCACAAGUUCUUUAAGGACCUCUUCAAGGAAAAGAGUGCAUACCCAGAGUGGGCCGUGAACGCGUUGAGGAGCGUCAACGUUAACCUUUUG